CAACGAAACAAAUAAAGCGACGUUGUAAAUAACAAACCGUGAGAGCACGUUUCGUUGCGUGAUAGCGUCGAGUUAACGGCGGGCGCGUUGCGCUUUUGUGCGGGUGUUACGUGGUCACGAGUCUGGACGAGCGACAACGUGCAGUCCGAGCCACGGUAUUCCGUUGAAUGCGUCACGCGCGUGCACGCGAUUGUGUCCACGGACGGCGAGGGUAUACGAAGAAACCGAGAACGAGCCACAUGUCGCCAGGAUGCAAUUGCGAGAGCGAAGUUGCCCCGCGCCACGACUUCGCCUGCGGCUCGCCUAGCUCCUCAUGCUAGUCUCGUCUCUCGAAUUGCUUGGAGCACAGCAUGAAGGAGAUGCUUGGAGGGUGCUGCGUGUGUUCUGAUGAGAGGGGUUGGACCGAGAAUCCGCUGGUGUAUUGCGACGGACAGGGUUGCACCGUUGCUGUACAUCAAGCUUGUUAUGGAAUUGUCACGGUACCCACUGGACCAUGGUACUGCAGGAAGUGCGAGUCGCAGGAACGUAGUGCCCGCGUGCGCUGCGAGUUAUGCCCGAGCCGGGAUGGAGCUCUUAAGAGAACAGACCAGGCUGGAUGGGCACACGUUGUCUGUGCACUCUACAUACCAGAAGUCAGAUUUGGUAAUGUGACGACGAUGGAACCUAUUAUUUUGCAAUUGAUCCCAUCGGAAAGAUUUAGUAAGUCUUGUUACAUAUGUGAGGAACAAGGAAGGGGUAGCAGAGCAAACGUGGGAGCCUGUAUGCAGUGUAACAAGACUGGCUGCAGGCAGCAAUUUCAUGUUACUUGCGCUCAGGCUCUUGGAUUGCUCUGUGAGGAGGCUGGCAAUUAUCUAGAUAACGUGAAAUACUGUGGAUAUUGUCAGCAUCACUACUCGAAAUUGAAAAAAGGUGGUAACGUGAAAACUAUACCACCUUACAAGCCAAUACCGGCUGACAAUGGCUCGUCAGAUUCGUCUCCUGAAAAGGAAGCAGAGACCCCGAUUAAAUCAUCGUCAAGUGGUAAACGAAAGAGUUCUGGUUCGAAAUCUGCUACAAAUUCUAAAAACAAAUCGAAUACUAGUCCGAGUCUAGAAAUAAAUGGCGUUGCUGAUGAGAAAAGCAGUAGCGGCCGUAAUACACCCAAAGAGAGUGCAACGAACUCCAGUAAAUUCACCACUUCCAACUUCGUAGAAACGAUCGUCACCCAAUCGGAGAGCGUGUUCGGGCACGACGGCACCACGGCGUCGACGACCGCCACGGUUCCAGCUGUCGCUGCUAAAACCGGCUCGAAUUCUAGCUCCGGUCAUAAAGGCAGCGGUCAAACGAAAUCGAAUUCGGCGUCGAACAAGACGUCGAGCCACAAUAAAAAGAGAAAGACCGGGGCGCGAACGCCAACGGUGAUCGGUAACGAGAACUCGAACCAGUCGGUCAGUUCCGAAGCGAGCGGCUCCCUCGUGGCUGUCGCCGUCAGUUCCAUGGUCCAGCAAUCUGCGACGAGCAACAACGCGCAGGCGACCAUCAUGGAAGCCACGAGUCUGACCGCGACUGCCGAACCGGAGAAAACCAAGAAGUUGAAGGUCGAGAGUCCUGUUCAGUCGUCGCCGACUACUCCGGUAAGCAGCGAAACGACUACCGCACCUGUGAUAAUGUCGAUGACACAGUCGCAGUCGAUGGUUACACAAUCGCCGACGACCACGUCGAACAGCAUCGUCGUGUCUGUUCCGUUGACCGCGACUUCGUUGCCGAACACGUCUCAGAGCGUGGUGACCAGUGCUCCGACGCUUUAUCAACAGCUGCAGCAGAGUAUCAUAACCACCGCGGCCACGACGCAGCCCAGGUCGAGUAUCACGCCGACUUCGGAGAGAUUCACCACCGCGGAAGAAGCUCCUGCGAAGCGGUCUCGCUCUCAGUCGUCAGAUAAGCAAGAGAAGUCUCGCAAACCGAAACGCGGAUCAUCUAAUAGUCAGCCAGCAUUGCAACAACAAGUAGCGAUACAUGCUCAAUCACAGCAUUCUCAACCAGCUUCUUCCAUGGUGACGUCCGUGUCCAAUAGCUCGGUAGUGGCUUCGAAACGUGGAGGACGAAAUAAUCAUCAAACUCCUCCACCAGCUAUUUCUGUUACGCCCGUGUCAUCCAUUAUUCAGGGACCUCCACUGAGCGGUGGUCACUUUAGCAAUAUCGGUUCUGGUUCUAUUGCUUCUGGUUCUGGUUCUGCUUCUAUGAAUACAAUGGGACCCACCGUAAAGGAGUCGCCUCCUAGUAGCCCUGGUUCAGAAAGCAUGAGCAGCACUGGACCAGUACGAAGGAAAAGAAAAAAUACCAGUGCUGCACCGACACCUCCUGCGUCCAGCACUCCGACUUUAGCCAAUCCGAAAGAAGAGAAGGAUAUCAAAUUAUUCCAGAACGGAGUUAGCGCGCCUCACAUGCUAGGAAACCAGCUGAACCCCACCUCGACGAUGGCACAGAAGAUGUCCGACACUCUCUCCCAAGAGCUGGAAGCGCAUUCUAUAUUCACCGAGGCUAGUAAUUCCACUACGAGUUUAGUUGGUCCCCAGCUGCACAGUCGAGUAAUCGCAUCCAUACGAUCGAGUCAAGCACCACCCACGUCGUUUUCUUCAGUCUUCAAUAACAACACUAACAGCAAUUCGAACAGCAACAUGAGUAAUACGACUAGCACGGUAGGUUUGGGCGGUGGAGCGAUACCCCAAACGUUGGAUCAACUUCUUGAGAGGCAGUGGGAGCAGGGAAGCCAGUUCUUGAUGGAGCAAGCCCAGCACUUUGACAGUGAGUUCGCCUCAUUACUUUCCUGUCUACAUCAACUGAGGGCAGAGAACCUUAGGCUAGAGGAACAUGUAAAUAGUCUCCUGCAGAGGAGAGAUCACUUAUUGGCUGUGAAUGCAAGACUCGCGAUCCCCCUGACGACUCAGCCUAGCGCACAUCCAGUGAACAAUAUACAUCCGACAGUAAACCCAUCGCAUCCCAACGUACCGCAUCCAGACGUUCCACCGGGUGCAGCGGCGCCCGUUCCACGGGUAACUCGGGAGCCUCGAGUGAACAACACUUACAUGUCUCAUUCGGGGUCCAGCAAUCAUCCCUCGACGUUGGAGAAUGGCCUGCCUCCGGACCCGUCUCCUCCAGCCGCGGCAUCGCUCUCCCAGUACCAGCAUAGAACAUCUCUGGUCGCGCCUCAGCCAAGCCCAACCAUCAGACACAGCCCGGCUGGAAGCGCGUACCACCAGGGCCAGCCCAGCAGCCUGGUAUCCUCGGCACCGGUCAGCAACUCUGGUGUGGUCAGGAACUCGUCCGUUACACCAGAUCCUCUGCGCGGAGUACCAAGGUCAGUUCCACAAUCGUCGAGUAGUUAUAUGCCUUCGAUGUACCAACCGGCAGUGUCCAGUCUGGCUAGUAGUCAAGUAGGUAAUGUUCAUAAUCUUCACUCACAUGGACCUUCUCCACCCAGCCACGGACCGUCUGGGAAGCCUAGCUGAAGAUAGGUGGAAAGCAACGAAGAACGCGCUGCGUCCUCGGACAGCAGACGCGGUGGGACAUCGUCGCCGACCGAGGCGUGCUACCGUUCUUAAGACAAAAACGAAAUUCGUAAUAGGAAAGUCCUCUCGUGCUUCGUUUUUCAUACGUUUGCAUUUACCGAUAUACAAACCUUCGUUUGUACGUUUCUACAUUUCUAUGCCGAAAAUUUUUCUACAUUCGAUUUGACAAAUGGAGGCCUUGAAUGUUCGAACGAACGAGCGAGCAAUCGUAGAAAGUACGUAGAUAUUUGUUUUCCGUUUGUGUCGCACGUCAUCGAGCACGUCUGAGACAAUCUUUCCAACGUGAAGAACGGCGAAAAAUCCGCAGAUGUACAAAUUUUAGACUGUAAGUUAAUCUAUCGCGAUGAAUAGCAAUAAUAAUUACGGACUAGGUGUACAUUUCACGAUAAAAGGGAGAAAAGGGAAACGACGAAGUCAGGUGUCUCUUAAUUUGAGAUCAGGGAUUGACGAUAAUUGGCAAGAGGAUUGUUGUUUGUUUCAUUUGACAUCGUGACUCUGUUAAUUCCCUUUAGCGCACUACUUAUCGCAACGGAAUGGCUAGUUUCGGUUAAGUUUCAAACGUCUUGUGAUCGACCCGUUUCACGAUCAGAUUAAACGUAAAACCUACUUAGACAUGUAACUCGAGCACUGCCUUCCACCAAGAGAAACUGCCGUGAGACGGGUCUGAGGAUUAUACUUCGUUCUAUUAUUGUUUUUACAUUUUCGUUUUCACUUUUCGAGGAUGUGGUCGUGGGAUGUUAACGAGCGCGCUUCGUUUUCAACGUGCGAGGUUCAUUUGCGAUCGUGCAUUACCUCCUUUUAGGUAGUGGCACUCGUUUCUUUUUUUUUCUUCUUAUUUCAUGCGAAUUUGACGUAAUCAAAAAUUAUGAUCAGGCGAUUCUUGCUUGAGCUGCAUUUGUGCAAGGAAUAUUCAUGAAAGUUUUCGCCGGUUAAGUUUCAAGCUUCUAUCAUUCGUCUUAGAUAAUUGUACAUUUCUUUCAUCAACGCUCAGCUAAUAAGGGUUCGUUCUUGUACUGUUUCCUUUGUAAAUUCUUUAGCUGAAGUGUUACCGUCUUGUGUUCUACAUUCGAAAGUAUUAUUUUUAAAAGAACGAGUUUGUUUAAGAGGGAACCGAGGGAACCUUUCAGGCUUGUACAAUAAACGCGAGUAAGACGUAAGUACUGGUAUGGCUCGACACCGCUCAGGGAACAUUGAAGAACGUGAAAGAAAUAUCGACGAUUUUUCUAAAACUCCGUUGGAAGCGCGUUUAUUGUCUGAUUGUAGUGAUCACUGUACGUUUUAAGAUGAAAAUUACGGUACGAUAAGCGAGGCAGAAAAGCGCGUGAGAGGUGUUCAAACAAACAAAAAAAAAAAAAGAAAAUAGUAUAGCAGUUGAUGAAUAUUUUUACACAGACACCGUGCCAAAUUUUUGCAAUCGAAUCAUUGACAAGCCCCGUUCGGGAAUUACCAAUUUCGGACUUUUCCAUGCUCUCGUUUAUUUUCUGUUCGUGUACAAAUGAUUUAUUGUGUUCCUAAUCCACUGCGGAUCGACUGUCUGAAAUUGAAUUUUAAUUUGACCAAAGCCCGGGCUGCAUUGGAUUUAUAUCGAAUUUCGACAAACUCUCGAGUUUGCGUUAAAUCGGACAGAGUAAUCACACAGUUCGUUUCGUAUAAACCCAAUGUGACUCUGUUCAUUAGGACUUUCUAUUCGCUUGUAGUUUAAGUGUAAAGUUUUGAUACAUAUGUAUUUAUGUACUCAAAAGUGACGCGUUUAGGAUAGAAUUAUACGUAGAACAUUAUGCUCAUGGUUUCUAAACUGAGCUAAACGUAUUUAUUGGAAGUGAAGGAAAAUACGAAACUGCUCGAGCGCACUGGAAUGACAAAAAUAAAUCUUAAUGAUUUUCAUUUGAAACAUCAGCAAUGGUUUGAUUGGCCGAAAUAUUGGCACAGACCGUACUGUAGCAUUUUUUGAUACUCGAGAUCGUCUGUUAAACAUUUCUAAUGUAAUUGAAAAAGAAAAAUAAUAAGUGAUGUAUGCAAGUGAACCGAACUCGGCGCCGUUUGUGAAGCGUGUUUUCAUUUUUCUACGAGAGUUAGCUGUUUGUGUAGGGUCUCUGGACGAACGAACAGAAACAAGCAACUCGCUGUAAAAUAAUUUCAGUUUUUCGACUAUAACUGCCGACGGGACAGUAACAAACUGCCUGCGAUUUAAACAAGAGUCGUUAGUUAAUCGUGUAAAAAGAGAACGUGUGGGCAUUUCGAAGACCGCUGAUUCUUCUGGUCUUUUGUAUAUUUUCAAAACGAGCAGCUAAUUGCGAGUCGAUCAUGCCUCUUCGGAUCGCCCUCCGUGCGUCUCUAUUAUCUAUAAGCAAAGAGAAAUGCCAUAUGUGUUUCCAUACAAAAAAAGAAGGACGAAAUUUUUUAACGUGUGACAAAAGGCUGAUUAAUUUUUUUUCAUUAUGUGUUCAACGUAAAUCGCCUCGUCCUCUUCUCAGAGACAUUAUCUGUCAGUGAUUUUAUUUAUUGUAAAAGAAUCGUUGACUUGAAAGGCUCAGUUAAUCGAGAUCGUUGGCCGAAACUUUUGUAUUUACAUCUGGUAAAAAAAAAUUUGACGACGGCCUGCUUCUAAGGGCGAGUCACUCUGAACAAGAGGCGACGUUUCCAAAAAAAUGGAACAUCAUCGAUUAUUAAAGACGUAGAAACGUUGUCACGGAGUCGCAUGGGUCGGUUCCGAAUCCAGGGAUGUAAAUCAAUGUGCGAUACGAUUUUGUAAUGUAACUGUGCAUACGGAAGCAUGUAAUAAAAGAAGACUAAAACGAA